AUGAGCAUUAACGAUCGAUUGAAUUUGACUACAUUAAUCAAUACAUUGCUCUCAUUCGAUUCAACAGAAAAUGAUGAAGAGCCCAAGGUUUAUUUCAACAUUUCGAUUCAUGCUCCAUUCAUUGAACUUAAUCGCACAUUCUUUUCGUUAUUUGUUUGUGGUGGAUUGAUGGAUACAGACAGUGGUUUGGCAUUUUCAUUACCGAAUGACCACCAAUGGACAUUCUUCAUUGAAAUUCCUCAUACAGAUAAAUACAAUCGAAAUAUUAGCGAUAAUUUCAAUCAAAUUCUUCCGUUGCUAUCUUUAUUGAAUUCGAAUAGUUUUGAAGAAGUUACUGAAAGCAAUCACAAACUCUAUAUUGGCAAGCAAGAAGAACUUGUGGCGCGAUUCCUGAAAGCGUAUGUAGAUCGAACGAUCAAUCGACUUUACGUCGAAGCCACUGCAGAAAGAGACACUGGAUUGCAGUUCGCUCUAUUGGAUGCUGAAGAAGAAUGCCGUCGUCAGAUUAACGAUUGUAUGAUAAAAAAUGCACCGGAGUUACAACGAAAUAAAAUAUUCGAACUUUCAUUUGUCAAAUUUUUGUAUCGACGUGUUCGAUUUUUUACUGAUUCUGGUUUUUAUCGCUUUAACGAUAAUGAUGAACAUUUAGGUUCAAGAGCAAUGGAACAAAUGAUAGAAGAAGCGAAAAAUCUUUCACAAAUGAAUUUUCAAGGAAACGAUUAUCCUCGAAUAUUCCUUGUUUAUGAUCCUGGUUUUUCACUUUAUUUGUUGCAUACAAAUUGGGAUCGAGUACCUGAAAGUGUGAAAGAGCUUUUCAAACACCGAGGAGAUCCAGCAAAACGAACAGAUUUCGAAGGAAAAAAUUAUUUUCCUAAAUGUUUAUCUUGGCUUUUGAAUAUUCGAUUCGAUGAUUUUAUCGAUGUGAUGAACGAAACGAAGUUUAUUCUCACCGAAAAUUUUACUUACAAACUGUUUCAUGUUCAUGAAAGAAAAUUGACGAAGCUUCCUUUGAUUAUUGAAGGUCAUACUGGUGUUGGAAAAACAUUUUUGCUGAAAUUUUAUUCGAUGCUACUGAAUGCGAAGCUUACAAAGGGCUCAAUUGAUGGAAAAAUAUCCCCACGUGUCCGAGAACGAAUCUGCGUGUGGUUGCGCGAGACGAUAUUUCAAGAUCCACCAUCACCUUUACCCAUACAUCCUCACCCUAACAUCCUCGCCGUCACUUUAAGGAAGAAUCCCAAUCUGUUCAAUGCAAUAUUGAAGCAAAUCAAAACGAAAUUAUUCGGAACGAGUAAUCAGAACAAUGAACCACAAAUCGAUCUUCCAUUUCAACACCAGAACGAAGAUGAAGAUGUAGAUAAUGAAAAUUUGAUAGAAGAAGAUGGUCUAUUUAGAAUGGGAGGAUCAAUGGAACAACUAGCUCCUCCUGGUCAAGCAGCCGCUGGAGCCGAACCAAUAGAUGGUGAAUUUUUGAAAAAAAUUCAAUCAACACUUUCGAAUCAUGGAUAUGGUGAAGAUAAAUUGCUAUAUGAUAACGGUAUAUUGCGAUUUAUUUGGAAAACAAUCAUCAAUAUUACUCACAACACGGAUCUGGAAACAUGUCACAUAUUAAAUAAAUUACUUCACGAACACAUCACAUUUCAUAUCACAAGUUUUCCUUUGAUGAGUAUCAGUCCUCAACUUGGAAAAUUACUCGAUUCCAAUACUCUCAAAGAAUCACCUCUAAACUCGAUCAAGUUAUUUGAUGAAUAUUUGAUGCAUACAAAUACGAAACCAUUAUUCUAUCGUCUUCUUCUUCAUCCAGAUAUCACAGAGGAACAAUUAGAAGAUUUUAUGAAACCAAUAUGUCAAUUAGCUAAUGAGGUUCCCGAUGUUGAAUUGAUCAUCUUCUUCGAUGAGAUGAGAUUCGACGAUGAAACAGUUGAACCUGAUGUAAUACGUUGCAUUGUGUUGGCAUUAGCUUUGACCUAUUACUUUCGACUUCCGACGCAAGAAGAUAAUGAUCAGCGAAAUAAUCAGAAAGAUCCACCACGAGAAAAGCUGGCUAGUAUUCUAUCACAAAAAGUUCCAGAUUUCGUCGAUAUCAUAGAACGGGAAUUGGCGAACUUUGUCAAUCCAAACAAUUUCCUGAUCCCUCAAGGCGUUGCGAUCAAUCAAGCGGUUCGUGAACAUAUCUUUGGUAUUGUGGUUAGCAUUGUUACUAGAACACCUUUAUGUAUCAUCGGUGCUCCAGGUCAAUCGAAAACACUCUCGUUCCAGAUUGUUCUGCAGAAUCUGCAAGGUCCACAAUUAUCGAAUACACCAUUUUGUAAAAAGUUACCUGCCAUCGAUCCAUUCUUUUGUUUGGGCUCGAAAUACACUCGAUCAGAUGAUAUUGCAUACAUUUUGGAUCGUGCUAUUAAACGUGAACAACACUACGAACAGAAUCGAAUGGAAACACGCUGCGUUGUGUUCUUGGAUGAAGCGUCACUACCCGAUGAAAAGAAAAUGGUUUUGAAAGUAUUACAUCCUUACUUGGAUGAAUGUAAAGUGGCUUUCGUUGCUGUUGCCAAUAAAUCGUUCGAUGCAGCGAAUGCCAAUCGAAUGAUCUGUAUUUAUCGAUCUUUACCAUCGAAAGAAGAUCAAAACAUUCUGGCCUAUGGAUGUUUGGGUUUGCAAAUCAAUAAUCAACAGCAACGAGUCAAUGAUCGUUUGAAAAAAAUUAUUAGUGGUCUUUGCCAAGGUUACCGUCGCUUAUUGAGCACUCAAAGUAUUCCACAAAUUUAUCAUGAUCGAGAUUUCAUUUACAUGUUACGUCAAUUACGCUUCGAAUUAACCACAACAACGGAUGAACAGGAAACACGUGUCGAUGGUAUUACACCUCUAAGUCUUCUUCAUGCAUUAGAAGAAAAUUUCAAUGGAAUUUCAAAAGAAAAAUUCGAAGAACUCCUUCAAAUCUUUUUCCAAGCUGUCAAAGAAGAAUGUCCAGAUUUUCGAUUACCGAAUCAACGUCGAAACAUACCAACGAUUCUUCAUCAAUCGAUGAAAUUGGAUUCCGUUCGACGUCGGCUCUAUGGACGAUACAAAUUAAUCAUCGAUGAAUCGGAAGAUGAAAGUGCUGUACGUCUAUUGGCGCAGAGUGGCGUUCUGGAUCUUGAUCCAAAUAAAAUAGUUGUUUUUCGAAUGUCCGAUUUUCCAGACGAUGUCAACAAUGAAUUAAGAAACGUUGAGAUCCUUUCAACGAUCAAAUUAUGUAUGGAAACAGGCAAAACUAUUCUAAUGAUCAAUACUGGACGUAUUCAUGGUUCACUUUAUGAUGUUUUCAAUCAAAAUUUCUCGAUCAUGGCUACCGGUGAUAACAGAAAAAUCUGGUCGAAAGUUGCCAUUGGACCAAAAACAAUCGAUGUUGUCGUUCAUGAAGAUUUUCAAUGUAUUGUUCAUAUCAAUCGAAAUGAAUUCAAAGAGAUUCCACCCCCAUUUCUAAGUCGAUUUCAAAAAUAUUCGUUGUCAAUUAAAGACUUUUAUCAAAUUCGAUGGGGUAAACUUUCCAUUGAAGAACAGAGAUUGAUAAAAAAUGUCGAACAAAAAGCUCAAUCAUUUAUCGAACAUGUUGGACAACAAUACUUCUAUGGUCUAAGUGCAAAUACACUUUAUUCGUGUUUAUUGGGAUUGAUCGAGAAAAAUGAUGAAGAAGAACGAUAUUAUCUUAAUAUUCAUCAACAAUACACGCAAUUGAUAAUAAAAUCAAAAUCCGUGAUCGAACAGAAUCUAACCAACACUUUUCAAUGUCUUUUACGAUUGGUUCUAUCGAGAUUGAUGCAAUUGAUCUCUCCAGAAUCUAUCAUUUUGAAAUUGCCAACGUUCGAAGAUCAAGUAUCACGCUGGAUCUGUACAAAUUACUUUGAAAAUCAAGAACAUUUUAGUCUUGAGAAUUUUCUUCGAACUUUAACGACAUCACCAAUAACUUCCAUGGACAUUUUGGAUUUGGAAAAUAUUGACGAUCGACCAAAGGAAAUAUUGCGUUCAGCAACUAAAGUGAUGAUAUUUACACGAACAUCGUCUCAUAUCACUGGUCUUAAUCAACAAACCAAACGUGAAUUCUUUUCAUCUUUAAAUGAAGAUGAUUUAAAUCUUUUCAGUGACAAAGUUGAUAUUCUCAGUCUGUCGAUCAUCGAAAAUUCUGCUGAAUUAGAAGAACAGUUUACAAAAUAUGAAAAUAAUGCUGAGAAAAAUUUGCUUAUGAUCGUAAUCAACGGUCGUACCAAUCAACAACGUUUACAUAUUCCGUAUGUUCGACAAUUAAUUGACAAAGCUGAUUAUCGAUGUAAUUCAGAAAAACAAGAUAAUUUGAAAUAUUUUAUUCUGCUCGUACAUUCACCAGCACAAACAAUUUAUCAUCAAUCAUCAUUUCCAUCGAUAUUUCUACAUCAUUGGGAUUUUCAUUUCUUUGAUACAUGUUUAUCAAACAAUUCAUUUUAUAUAAAGAAUCUCAUACAAAUUCUCACUUCAUCGUACGAUAACAGAGCACAUCAAAACGAUAAUCAGAUACUUUGUGAUUACAAUGUUUUGUUUGACGAUUGUCUCUGGGAUUUUUGUUCUCGAAUUCAAAUUGUUCUUCAACAACUACCAAGAGAUUUAUUCGGAAAUCGAUGUGCUUAUGAAUUUUAUCAACGUCAAACGAGUACAUUUCGACGUGUUCAAUGCUUGAAAGAAAUUCUUAGACAAUGUACCGAAUUACAAAAACGAAUUGUCAACAAAUACCAGACUUAUCUAUCGUUAAAAAAGAAUGCAUCAAAGAAAAUUUACACAUUGAUCUAUCAACUGUCUAAAGAUAUUCUUUGUGGAAAACGUUUUGACGGUCUUGUUGAUUCAAUUCAAUCUCAAACUCGACUUUCGUUCAACAACUUUGUAUGCAAUAUUCUCAAACACAUUGUUAAUGAUUAUGGAUUAGAAACUUUACCGAAACUUUCAAACAUCAAUGAUGGGUAUGAUACUAUGUUGAAUCUAAUUGACCAUGUAUCAAUAUCAAAUGAACAAGACAACGAUUUUCUUUCAACUAACACUCAAACUGUUUUUCAAUUGGUGACACAUUACGCAUGUAUUCCUCAAACACCACUCUAUCAUCUUUUUCAUCAACGAAUCAAAUCCUAUUCGGAUGAAAUUAAAAUGAGACUCAUUCAAAAAACAGUCGAGCAAAAACGUAAUUUAGCCACUGAAGAUGAUCUCAAAGAACAUUACUAUGCAGUACCUGAUGAUUAUGAAAUGAAUAAUGCGAAUGAAAAUGAACAUACUAUCGAAGAAUUUCGAUUUGAAUUGAUCAAAGCGAUUGAAAAAGAUUCGAUUUUAAUGAAAAUUGUCAACAAAUCCGUUCUGGAAACAUAUUCAAACGAUUUAGUUCAAACAUUUUGCACGAUUGUUGAGAAAAAUUUCACUGAUGAUCGUGUCAAAUGUCAAAAAUCAAUUGAAUUCGUCUCUCGAUGGUUACGUUUAGUCGAUGAAAAUGAACAACGAGUAUUAGAUGAAUAUCGUCAUGAAGAUAUUUGGCGAUUGGCUCAUGUUUACACAUCAUUCGAAUGCGAUCGAAAUGAUUUAUUUUCUUUGUAUUCAGCGUGUCGAAUAAUGGAUCGUCUUGAUCAAACUCAAACAUUCUAUCAUCAAUUGUUUGACAAUGAUAAUCCAACACGAAGUCUCGUUCGUGAACGUUUAUUUCGACAAAUGUUUGAUGAUCUAUGGAAAAAUCUUUCUGAUGUACGUUUCAAUGAUCAAACUAAAGAAACGUGGAUUUUAUGUUAUACAAUGAUAUCGAAAUAUUAUCCAUCUAGUAAAGUUCUUGAACAAACACAAUUGAUUGAUAUUAAAUCUCGUAUUGAAUUUAUGAAUUUGGCUCAUUUUAUUCUUCCUAAUGAAAAUUUGACAAAAUCUGAAGAACUUGUGAUCAAAUUACUUCAACAAUUCGAAUUUCUUCAACAGAAUGAACCAAACUAUCAAGGUGGACAACAAAAAUCACCCUAUAUUGGAAGGUAUUCAUCGAUUAUUGAAACCAUCAACGAUUAUAUCGAAGAAAAGAAUCUUCCGAAAUCAACGUUAAUGAUCGAUGUUCAACAAUGGAUAAUUUCAAUUUUAAAAGCUACUGAUGAUUCAUAUCGUGACGAAAUCUUAUCAGUGUUUAAAUAUUUGAAUCAACCAACUUGUCCGUUGACAUUGCCGAUAAAAGAAUUUCUUUUUGAUGAAUUGGCGAAUAUUUAUCUCAAAUACGUGCAACGAAAUCAAAUAAUUAAAGAUACAUGGGAUCGUAUUCUUCUUCUCCCAACAAUGAUUCAAUGUGUGUCCGAUGGAAAUUCACUUGAAAAUUAUCGUUUACCAUAUCAUCCAUCCGUGGUGGUCACUCAAGAAAACGCUCGAUCAGCAUUGCUCGAUCUUUUCUUCUCUCAUUUAAAACGUUCGAUGACCAAUGAAGUAGUUCAUUGCAAAUUGAUCAAUAAAAUCAUGCUAUCGACGGUUCCACCUGCUGAUAUUCGUCAACUUCAACCAUUAGUCGAGGCUAUUUUUCGACAAAUCAAAGAUUAUUUUCUCAUUCAAUCGACAGCUCUUCUUCUUUGUCAAACCCAUGGCUCAGUUGAAGAUCAAGCUGAUGUCAAUCGUAUACUUCUAUAUAUGAUCAAUAAUUAUCUAUCAAUUCAAAAUAAUGAAACAAAACUGAGCGAACCUCUUCAAAAUUUUCUUUCGACAAUCGUUUCCAAAUUUUCAUGGAAUCAUCUUUUGAAAGUGCUUAAAUCACAUGAUGUUCAACAGCAGAAUCAACAAUGGUCUACGACUUUAUCUCGAUUUUUUGAGAAUGGACAAGCAACUGCAGCAAGACAAUCUUCAUUACAGAUGAGUCAUCAACUAGAAUUCACAUUAGCGUCAAAUAAUGAGCAAUCAAUCUUUCCUCAUCUUCAACAGCCUUACGAAGAAUUGAAAAGGAUUGUUGAUCAAUGUGUCACUCAAAACAAUGAUGAACAACGUUGGAAACCAUUUACAGAUUGGAUUGCUUUGAAUCGUCAAGGAAAUCCACCGAAAAUUCAACUCAUUGAAAUCAAAGUGAUCGUCUUAUUACAUAUUUACUACGAAUAUCUUUGUCAAGAUCGAUUGCAAUCGAUUGAUUCAUUGUUGCCGAUUAUCGAAAGAGAUUUAGAUCUAUUAGUAGAGGAAAGACUCGUUUUUCGAGCUCUCAGUCAACCUGAACGAUCCAUGAUUGGUUAUCCAAGAAAUCCGCAGGAUGAACGAAAUACAUUGAAUGAUUUCUUUACUCCUCAAUGUCAAAAUGAAGACGAACUUCGAAUUCGCCACUGUUUAGUCAAUCUGAUGGCGAUGAUUCUUCUCGAUGAUACAUGUAUACUGAUUAAUCGCUGCUCAGAAAAAAUGGCAUAUUUAACUCUUCGUCAACAGCAUUGGAUUAAACCUGUUUACACAGCGUAUAAUGACCAAUUGAACGCUGAAGACCAAUAUCAACAACACGUCUUCUAUUUUAUUCUUCAAAAAUUACCCGAGUACAAAGCGCAAAUUAAUCAAUUAAGUUUACAAUCAGAGAUUCAAGCAAAUUUACAAGUCUAUAUCGACCAAAUGCCAAUUGCUGUUAAUUAUGAACAUUUCAAAACUGAACUUUAUAAUCCAAAGAAUUCUUCGUUAUCAUUAAAUAUUUUACGACGUUUUCUAAGUGCUACUGGUUUUCUUGAAAUGACUCGAGCGAUUUAUGAUUUGAGUCAAUUUUAUCUUCUUUUACAUCAAACUUACAGUUUAUUGAUUGAACGAGAUAAAUUUAUUGAAACAACAUUGGAAGAUUUAUCGAAAUGUGCUGAACAAAAUUCGAAUAUUGUUGAUCAACGUCUUCGUGCACAACAUCAUUCGAUCAUUAAAAAUGGAAUAGAAGCUGUCAAUUUAUAUCAUAAGUUUGCUGAUGGAUUGAUUCAACCAGGAGCUUGUGAUGAAACUCAACGUUUUGAUCAAGUUUCUAGUCAAACACCAAUUCAUUAUUUAGUAACGAAUGAAAAUCCUGAUGAAGGCGAUAUCGUUAUGAGAAUUCUAAGUGUACUUGCUGAUUAUCACAAUGGCUUAUUGGAACUGUUAGAAAAAGAAUUGAAAAAUGAUCCCAAUGAUAAUAGGACUGUUCUCAAGAGUUUAGUUUAUGAUAUAGUUUCAAAAGAUGUUUCAAUUUUACAAAUUGCUCGUGAUAAUACUGGUGUAAUUACACUUACAGCAGAUGACGUUUUAUGGUUGUCGAAAUUAUCUCGUGCUAGUUUAAUUACUGAUACAGAGAAUAUUUUUGAAAUCAAAGAAAAUUUAUUGAAAUUCGAUUUUCGUUACAUUCAAUCUUACAUUGUUCGAACGCAUUUAUUAUCAUGUCGAAUAAAUUUUCGUCAUAUUGUUCAAAAAUAUCAAUGUUAUAAACGAAAGAAUCAAACCAAUAAUGAAUCUGAAAUGAUUGAACUCGAUGAAAAUUAUUCGAAACACAUCGAUCGUGACAAAUUAGAAAUAGAAUGGAGUCACCUAAAAGAUAUGUUAGUCGAUAAACUUACCAAUGGUUAUAAACUUCUUCGACAAAUUAUGUUGUUAAUUAAAUCAAAUGAGAAUGAUCUUUCACAUUUAAGUCUCAAUGAAUUUUUAGAUAUUCACGCCAACGAUCAAAGUAUUCGAGAACAAUGUGAACUCUAUGAAAUACGAAAUUUUCAACUAUGUUAUUUGAGUCAUAUUCAGGAAUUGUAUUCUAAUGCCAUUAGUAAUUUUCAAUAUUUAUUUACCGAUGUUCCUCAUCUAUUACGGACUCCAAUCAAUGAUCAAUUAAACGAAGAAUUAAAACAAGCAAUCAAAGUCAAUUUAAUCGACAUGAAAUACGAUGAUAGUGAUGAGAAAUUGAAAUCAACAAUUCAAACGAUAAGUGAAUUUCUUAAUGAGUUACGUGCGAUUGAAACUUCUCUAUUUGAGCAAUCGACACAAUCAUUAAGUAAAACAUGUGAAUAUUUGACGAUAGAAAGCCCAAUUUUAUUAUGGAUCCCUUCUGAAAUUCGUUGUGAAAAUUAUGUUUCAUUAAGUAUUCAUUUGAUUCGAUGUCGUUCGAUUCUUCAAGAAAAAUUAGUUAAUAUUCAAGAAAAACAAAAUAUUGUAUGGACAGAAGGAAUCGAUGAAAAUCAAAAUCCAACUGAAUUAAAGAAUCCAUUUCUUAAUUAUUUGAACAGUAGAGAAGAAAAUUCACAAGAUGAAUUCACCAACGAUCUUAUUGGAAUAGAUGGAUUCGAUCUUCCACCAAAAACGAUAGGUAACAAUGACCAUCGGAAUGAUGUUCAUCAUUUACUUGAUGACGAUGAUCAAGUACCAAUGAGAACAACAAUCGAUAAUCAACAAAUGAAAAAAGAUGAAAUCAUGGACGAUGAAAAAAUUGAUUCUCCAUCUUUGUACACGAUGCAAAUCAAAUCUCUUUCAUUCGAAUCAUCACCUUGGCUUGAUCUAUUAAAUAAAUUGAAAAAUCCAAACAAUGAAGAAGAUAACAGACCCAAACGUGUCACUAUUAUUCAUCCAGAUGGAACAACGAGUUCCCAUCUGUUGAGAAAAGAAAAAGUUUUUGAACAAUUUCGAAAAACAUUCAAAGAUAAACGUUAUUCAUUUGAAACAUUGAUACCAGUCGAUAAAUAUCAAAUAAGUCUUGAUCUAAACGAUGAUAAUCCAUCACUUCCACGCGAUUUUCCUACGGAAUAUUCGAUUCUUGAAAGGACAUCUUUGAUACAAGUUAAAGUUGAGUAUGGAGAACGAUCGGUUGAUUAUUUCACCAAAUCAGAAUGUUCCGUGAUCAAUGUUUUCAGUCGAUUUAUGAACGAUCCUAAGCUCGGUUUAAAUCUAAAUACAGAGAAUAUUAUCUGUUUCUUCGAUGAAAAUCAGCGAUUGAUUUAUGACGGAAUUAUUGGAGAUCUUUUCUCAGUCAAUGAUCAAGAGAAGAGAAAAGUUCGUCUGAUUCUCACUGAAGAAAAUCGAUCGAUUUCAUUCAACGAAAUUCUCUAUCGAACAGCUCAAGAUGAAGAGAAAAGAAUUUUACUUCAUCCAAAUACAGUCUGGCAGAAUUUUGAUAAUUGGUUUCGAGAACAACCUGUAGCGGAAAAUCUUGGCAAAGAAUAUUUCAGUUAUUUUCUCAAGGAAAAGAACAGCAUUGUCGAAGAAACCGAUAGAAUUUUGUCAACAGUUGAACCGAUUACGAUCGAUGUGAUUAGUCGAGAUUCAACAAUGAAAGUGAAGAUUUCUUAUGAAAAUCAAUGUGAAAAAAUCUGUGUGUUAAAAGCAACGAAAAUUAAUCAAUUAUUGAACAAUGAAAAUCUUUUACCAAAAUUGAAUUUAAAUUUCGAUUCUUGUCGCGAUUGUGUUUUAGCUCUAGGAGAAAAUCCUGAUCAAAGACUUUCAAAUGAAGAUACACGAAAGCCGAUCGGUGAAUUUUCUGGUGAUGAUCAAGAAGUCGUUGAAUUUCGUAUUGCUCUUCUCAUUCAAAUUUCAACUUCAAACAACAGUGAAAAACCUGAAGAAGUUCUUCUAUUUAACAGAAAAGUGACGAUUGAAGAAUUAUUUCAAAUUUCCAAAGGAUCGGAACGGGGUUACAAAUAUCUAGCGUCAUAUCAAACGAAGAAAAUCAUCGAUUUUCACCAUCUAUUAUCGGAUGUGAAUGAAACACGAUUUUUGUUGAUGAAAGAAAAUCAAUUUUGUUCGAUUCAUAUUCGAAGAUCAACUGAAAAUCAAUUGAUUUCGAUCGAUGAUGAUCAAACGAACAUGAAACAAGAUUUUGCAUCAUUUGCCACCAUCGGUGAUGUUUACAAAGCGAAUCACAUAAACGAUCAAAAUGAAUAUCUUCUAUUUGAAAAGGAUUUUCUUCCAUCAAUGGAAACUUCGUUAUCAGUUUUCACAUCAACAUCACCGAUUGAAUUCGAUGUGAUCAAUGAAAAACUACCGAUACAUAUUAUCGUUGAAAACAGCAUCGACAAGCAAACCAUCAAUUAUUACUGUUCACUUAAAGCGCAGUUCAAUCGUUUGUGCUCGAUCGCAUGUCAAUUUAUGCAUUUAAAUUCAAAAUUUUAUCAACUUAUGUUUGAUGGAAUGGAAUUAUCCGACGGUGAAAACUGUUUGGAAGAUCUUGAUACUGGUUCUGAUGAAGUAAAAUUCGAAUUGAUUUGUAAUUCUCCGUUAAAAGCUUCGAUUAAAUUUGAACAAGCGGAAAUUUUGAUUCCAUGCACAGAUGAAACUUUAGCAUCGGAAUUGGUUGAAGAAGCUUUGUUAAAAUUAAAUUUUUCAGAAAGUGAUUUGUCUCAAUUUGAUUUAUUUGCUCUCGAUGGUCAAGACACACAAGUCGAAAUGGAUUACAAAAUUGAAGAUGUUCGUGGAAUAUUUCCUGAAAAUACCGAAACGAUGAAACUCGAACUUAGAAAGAAGGAUUAG